AGUGCCUCUCAGAGCAUGAACCUGACAAAACAAGUGUAAAGCCUCCACUGAGCAUUUGUUAUAAGACUUUGAAACAGAGUAAACAGUUUAAAGGUUCAAAAUAGACCAGAACAGAAUAAUGCAAUCCGAGCAAGAGAAUCACAGUGUGAGAAAACACUGUGCACAUACUAGACAGAGGAAAAACAAAGAACACAGAGAAAGUAAGUAAAUAACAGCAGAGGCAAACUGCACUGUAAUGAGACCCAUUAAUACUGACAGAAUAAGAAUAAUGCAUAUAAGCAGGUAUAAGAAGUUCAUUUGCUGCACAAUAGAAAAUAUUGGCGCCUUUAUGUGAGUGCUACUAAUAUCGUCUUUUGUGUAUUUGUGUUACAGGCUUGUCUUGAUCUGAUUGAUGGUGACAAAACAGGAAAUAAUGAGCAGCAAGCAGACCCAGGGGCUUGAAAGUCAGGCAGCUCCUUGCAAGAUGCCAUACCUGGAGAGGACUGUGGGUAACGUAGCUCAUGCCAGGCUCCAUUACCCAGAUGGCUUGCCCAAGUACUCUUCAGGAGAACCUGUAAGCUACCGAGGGGCCUUCCUCUCUUAUUGUCUUAGUGGUAAAGGCAGAACACAUCCCUGGAGUCCCUCAAACAGCUGUCUGCAGACCAGCAGGGGUCCUGUAAUUUGCUCCACAAAUGCAAAGAGCCCGUUUACACAGCAGAUUCUCUGCAGACAAGGGAAGCCAGCUUUCUCAGUGGAGGGUGGACCAUCCCUUACAGCGCAAGAAGCCACAGUCACUCAGAAGCUCGGGAAUUGUGACGAGAGUCCAGGACGAGGCAGCGCUGGUAGACCAGGGGUCCAUGCUCCAGUGGCUGUGAGAAAACUGGGUAUCGGUGGCACGGGUGUUUCGUCAGAAGGCGCUGCACGUUUAGCCAUCCCCAAACCCGUUUAUGGGGUCAGGCAAUGCUACGCACCAGGGUCCUGCUACAGCACGGAGCUGGGGCUAUCUGGGACACAUCUGAGCACGUGCAAGGAUGAGUGGAUGCUCCGGUACGGGUCUGUAUCACUCCUGCAGACUCCAGGGUCAGACUCUGCAGUGAGACAGAGUGGCCCGCAGCUGGGGCAGGCUGGUGGUAAAUGCGCCCUUAAAGAGCUGAGUCUAGAGGGGCAGCACACCCUGGGACCACCCGGGCCCCGAAUGUUUCCUGUUUUGGCAGAACAAAACUACCACAGGGUCCCAAACGGCAGGCCCGCUCAGUCAUUUUUAAGCCCCCCCUCCAAGCAGAAUCUGCAUUUACAGUUUCCCUCCAAAACACUCCAAGGACAGCCUCCAUCAUACACCUAUGAAGAGAUGCAGAGGAUGGCUCUCUCACUGUCAGGGUUUCACCCUAGAAUUCACUUCCCCCCUGUAUCCCAGUGUGCACCUCUACCUCAGCGCCCCACAUUCCACUACCCCAUUAGAAAUGUGGGAAUGGAGAACAUCGAAGUGAACAAAGACAAAGGCGGGAAGCGCUUUCCCACUGCAAACAAUCAGAGCUCCCAGAAUCCUCUGGGACAGCACCCCAUGGAUCAGGCCAGUUUUAGUGAAGCUGCGAUCCCUCGUCCUGCAGCUCCAGAAGCUUAUCCCUUUCAUACAAGCUAUGACCUAUCACCUUGCCAUAUGUACAAGGUGGACCAGAGCAUUGGGAAAAAGAGGACUUUUUCAGAGGGACCGGGCAGUUCUCUUUUGGUCCAGAGUGCUGACCAGUUUGUGGAUCAGUGCAUGCAGAGACUGCAGGACCCGUCUCUUCCCCGGGAGAUCUGUGGCCGCCCUCGCAGUCCGGGUGCAUUCCACCCCGUCCGGCCUUGUUUCACUUACAAGGGUUUACAUCACAUGCCUGUCGAACAUCAGCCUUUCAAAAUGCUCCCAGAUCUCAGAUCUGGAGAUAACCUUGCCACUGACAAAGAGGCCGCUCCUUGCUGCAUCGCUGACCCCCCUCUGGGAGGGGCUGGUCCCUACAUGAGGCAACGUGUUGCGAAACGCAUCUCUGCAUUACACGCAAAAGCACUUGCCAACAAAAAACAGGACAUCCACAGCUCCCAAGACUUGAACGCUCACAAAUCGCCUGCCCAAAGGCAAGUGGAGGACAGCGCUGACUUGCAUGAAGUUUCCAACAAAAAAGAAGGUGAGAAGGAAUCGAACCAGGAGCCACCAGAAAGGCAGGAGCCUCCCUCUCCUCCCAUGCCUGUUAUCAACAACGUUUUUAGCUUGGCUCCUUACAAAGCCUACCUUGAGAUGUCAGGAAUUCUACCUCUACAAAACGUGUCUCAAACUGGUGAGCUCAAGACUGAGCCAGACUCACACAGCCAUGAGAGAGACUCAGAACAUAACUCAGAUGAGAGCACACAUGGGUUGAAGCUGUCGCUACCGUUUCAUGAGAAGGAUUCAGUCAUAGUCCAGGAACCUCAGGGAGUGAAAAGGGAGGAAACGGCACUGCAGUUCUCAAGCUGUUCAGUGAAGUCGGUUGAGAGUGAAACCGAAUGGCAGCAUCAAGGCCUUGGAGAGACAGAAGUGAAGACGGAAGACGGUGAUGUGGUGAAGAGCUCCUCUGAGGGUGCGCUGGACCUCAGCGUGAAAAAGAAGGAUUUCGGCGAGUCCCCUCGUGAGGCCCAGCCAUCACCACGCAGCCACAGCGCAUACAGCCUUGUCAGACGAGGCGAGGUCAGUGUCCACACCCCACACUGCUUCAAAAAGCAAACUGUACUUUCACCAACGCUACCACCACCGCCGCCACCACCACAUCCAGAGACACCCCAGAUAAUUUGCCUGCAACAGCUGUCACCUGAGCACCUUCAACCUUCUGCUAACAGGAUCCAUCUGGUGGGCCCUUUCUGGUCUGCCCUUCCCAGCACCCAAACAGCCCCCUCCAGGCCUGAAGAGGCCAAGCCUAGUACGGACUCUUUGAGACAGGCUCGCCACCGGUUCAUGGAGUUGCACCAGCUGCUCUCUAGUCUCAUCUCCAGGUCUGUCGACAGCACACCGGAGCAGGAUCUGAGAGACUGGCUGGCAAAAUCAAAGGAGCGUGACUCCGCCUCCCCCGCCGCGAAGACACAGGACGUCCCAAGGGAGGCGUGGCUGAAGAGCGAGGACACAGCGGCGGCGCUGGGGAGGGUUGUCAACAGACUAGAGUGCUGUGUGUCUGCCCAGGACUGGCCGUUCCCACACGUCCUGCGAGCAGGGGCUGUCUUCGUCCCCAUCCUGCUGGUGAAGGAGACCCUGUUCCCCCAGGUCCCCGGCCCCCUCAUCGACCGGGUCCUGCAGGAGCAUCGUGUCGAGCUGCGCCCCGCCACGCUGUCUGAGGAGAGGCACCUGGUGCAGCUCCAGAGAAGGGCCUGCUCCUCCAAGCUCAGGAAGCUCCUGUCCCUCAAACACCUGCCAGACAUUUACCCCGACGUGCUCGGCCUCUUCUACCGUACCUGUGUCAGCAAGCGCCUCGGUGUAGAGCUUGACAUCCCUCUGAAAAGGGUGGAAAAUGCCACUGAAGGUUCCAACAGCAAGACACAUUCACAGAGUGCUGCUACGAGGCCAUGCCUUCCCGAUCCCCCUGAACCCACUAAGGACCCAAAAACGCAACCUCCGUUUAAGAAGCAGAGGAGGAGAGGGAAGAAGAAGAGAGACUUGAAGAGAAUGUUUUCAGCCACAGAGGAAGUGCCCGGGGAUGACUGCCUGGGGAACGCUGAGAAAUCGGGAAACUGGAGCACUGUGAGCUCUUUGGGUCAGAAAACAGAAAGGACCCAAAGUUCCCACACGCCAGAGGAGGAUGAUGAGGAGGAGGAGGAGGAGGACUCAAUGAAGGUCCCCCAGGAGGGGGCGGAGGAGCCUGAGAAUACCUGUGGGGGGUCGGUGACAUCGCGUGACCUCUCCUCAGGCAACAGCAAGGCAGAGACGGACAAUGCCUCCACAGCAUCAAACCUGAGCCAGUCCCUGGCCACCAACAGGCCCCAGUCCACUCCCAGCAGCUCCUGUGGGCGCAUCCUGAAAGUGCCAAAGGUGCUUAAUCCAGCCCCCACUAUGAGAAACGCCUGUCCCCAGCCAGGCACAUGCCCCGAGAGACAGCCAGGUGGCAGAGGUAUCUCUGGGAAGAUGCGUCUCAGAAGCACCCAGAGGAGACGCGGAGGGAUAGGCUUCUCCAGGGCCCUGCGGCCUAGUGGCUCCCCCAGGCUACUGCACCUGCGCAGGUCUGCGAUGCAGACGAAGCAGUGGCCCGGCAGGCGGAGCAUCAGGUGGGCCCUGCGGUCAGCCGCGCGGACCUCCGGGACAGCGUGGAGGAACGGCUACCCAGAGCUGGUGGGCAAGACCAUCCGUCACCUCUAUGAGGAGAAAGACAAGUCGGAGGUGUGGUACAGGGGCGUGGUGGUGCGUGUGCACGAGCCACACUCUGACCCACUGAAGACUGUGUUUGAAGUCAAAUAUGACAACGAACCAGAGUGGCAGUAUUACUUAGAGCUGCUGGUGGACUACAAGAAAGGCUGGCUCACAGUAGAGGACUGAGGAUUCAUAAAAGGACAGUGGGACUGAAUGUGUGUGUGUGUG